GAGUUUGUGUCACGGGUGGCCAUCAGCGAUCAGUUAAUGCUGGACGACUAAGCAAAGCAUUAACCUAUGAAGAUGGAUUUUUGAAACUUGUCUACAAAGAAGGCGAAUCCUGUCCUGCAGAUCCUGAUUUGAAGUAUAUGAGCUAUUUCACCUUUGUGUGCAGAUUGGAUGCUGGGCCUGGCAGCCAGCCGGUUCUCCUUUCUUUUGAUGAGAAGACAUGCACUUAUUUUUUCUCUUGGCAUACUGUUUUAGCCUGUGAAGAAGAAAGAGUGGCAGACUGCUCAGUUACCAAUGGCAGCAGAACAAUUGACCUUUCCCCUUUAAUCCAUUGGACAAGUGCUUAUGAGAUAUUUCAUGACUUUUCUGACCAGAAUCCAGAUUUCUAUAUAAAUAUUUGCCAACCAUUAAAUUCCAUCAUCAAGUGUCCGCCUGGAGUAGCUGUCUGCAUGAUCCCACUUAAUGGCUCUCCUAUAGAUAUUGGUCGAAUCACAGCACCUCCUCAGCUCAACAGUGCAACAAAUGAAGUUAACAUUGCCUUCAACAGUACCACUCCUUGUCCAGAAGAUAAACAUCUCAACUAUUCUUCACUUAUUGUGUUUCACUGCAACAGAGGAACAAAUCUGGGGAAGCCCAGAAUGAUAGAAAAGUCCAGCUGUGAAUAUAUAUUUGAAUGGAGUACCCCAGUGGUAUGCCCUGAUGAAGAGAAUGUUUCGGGCUGCUCUGUAAUUGAUGAACAGUUACACUAUGCUUUCAACCUGUCAAGCCUUGCAGGGAAGCCCUAUAAGGUUCCUUCUGGACGCAGGAGCUACCAUCUAGGGGUAUGUUCAGAAGCGGCAGAUAUACCUCAAGGGAAAUGCAAAGAUGCUGCAGUUUGUCUUAUCUCUGGCAGUAGUGCUGUCUCAUUUGGCAACAAAAAAGAAGUACAAUUGGACUACAGGCAUCAAGAUGAAGCUGUUUUCUUGCAGUAUAAGGGUGGUGAUAAAUGUCCUCCAGUAACUGAAAAGGGUGAGCUUUGUGUCUUCCCUUUCCAGUACAAUGGUAAAAGUUAUGACAAGUGCAUUACGGAGGAGCAAGGCCGUCCAUGGUGUGCCACAACUGAUAACUUAGGAAGAGAUCAAAAAUGGGGAUUCUGUGUAAAUGAAGCUGGGCAGCGUGAAUCUACUAUUAUUUUUAAAUGUGAUGAAAAUGCUAAUAACGGAAGUCCUCAGCUGUUGAGUGAGACCCUUGGCUGCGCUGUCACAUUUGAAUGGAGGACACAACUUCUAUGUCCUCCAAGGAAAAUGGAAUGCAAGUUUAUUCAGAAGCACAAAACUUAUGAUUUGAGAAUACUUUCCUCCCUCACUGGCUCAUGGGUCUUUGCAGACAAGGGCAGCUCUUACUACAUGAACCUUUGUCAGAAAGUCCACGAAGGACCCUCGGGCUGCCCUGACAGGGCAAGUGUUUGCCGACGAAAUCAGAAUGGUGCUGUCCAAGUUCUGGGAUUGGUUCAUACGCAAAAACUUAAUGUUACAGGCGACAAAGUUCUUGUCAGCUACUCCAAUGGUCAUGAAUGUCAGAGGAACAAAAAGGCAACAACAGUCAUAGAGUUGAAAUGUGGAAAAACUGUCGGGUUGCCAAGAUUCAACAGGAUCGAUGAAGAAAACUGUGCCUAUUAUAUUACCUGGGAAACUCGGGCUGCUUGUGCUGUGAAACCUCAAGAAGUAAAGAUAGAGAAUGGCACAGUUAUAAAUCCAGAGACAGGGAAGAAUUUCAGUUUGGGUAAUAUUUAUUACAAAUUAUACAAUGCAGCAGGAGAUUUAAGAACAAAUGGUGACAGAUACAUUUAUGAGAUUCAGCUUUCUGCUAUCACUGAUUCAAAGAAUCCACAAUGCAUGGGCGCUAACAUCUGUCAAGUUAAAAUAUCAGAUACACGUACUCGUAGAGUUGGAUCAUCAAAAAAUGCCCAUUAUUAUAUUCAAGAUGAUGUUUUGGAUCUCGUGUUCUUCUCUGACUCCACAUGUGGCAGAGAUACCAACAAAUCUGCCUCCUCAACUAUUGUCUUCCACUGUGAUAAAGAUGCUGAAGAAGGCAUCCCAACAUUUCUUCAUGAAUCAAUGGAUUGCCAGUACCUAUUUACCUGGUACACCUCCGCAGUUUGCCAGUUGGUAAGCUCUGAAACAACAAAUGAUGGAAACUAUGUGGAAGAUUUUCCUAAAGGCCUUUCAGGAAGAAGCCAAGCAGUUGGAGCAUUGUUGAGUUUACUCCUUGUGAUUCUCACAGCAUGUCUUGUGAUCCUGUUACUUUACAAAAAAGAAAGAAGAGAAUCUAUGAAGCAGAAGAUAGUCAACUGCUGUCGGAGAUCAUCAAAUGUUUCUUAUAAAUACACUAAGAUAAAUACUGAAGAAGUAAAUGAGAAUGAAACAGAAUGGCUCAUGGAAGAAUUAGCGACACCAAAUCACAGCUCCGGAAACGAAGCACACAUAAAUGGCCACGUAUCACGAAAGGCAGCCAUGUCAGAUACCCUCAUGUCCCUUCCGGUGGAUGACAUGGACAGUGAGGAUGAAGUACUGACAAUACCAGAAGUGAAGAUUCAUUCAGCAAGAGAUGUUGAUUCAAGAGGCUUGAGCAACACUAGAAGGCCUUAUCAUAACAAAGCUCACAAGCUUUCAAGCAGUGGUAAAACUCCUCUGCCUAACGGAAGGAAGAAUAGCAAAACCAGCCCUGCUUUUGGUCAAGAAGAUCUACAGAACUCCAUGAACACUGCAUCAUACCAUGAUGAUAGCGACGAGGACUUGUUGAACGUUUAACCUGCAAUUGUGCCUAAUUAAAAUUCCAUAUGUGUAUAUGUAUAUUAAAUAUAUUAAGGUGGGACAGCAAAACACUUCCAACCAAAAAUGAAGACUUGAGUUGCAGAUGUCUUUAGCAAGGGAUUGUUUCAAGGGAAGGGUAGGAAGGUCAGUCCUAAUUGUUUACAAUGAUUGGUGAUGGCUGGGUUUCUAGCAUUCAGUGAAUGAAAUAAAGGUAAUUCUCCUUAGCUAGAACACUCAUACAUAUCCCUUGGGAAGGUUUUAGAAACUGUAUCGUAUUUUACAAUGAUGGGCUCAAAUCUAAAUGAAGUCCUUUCCGCUUCAUUGUGAGACUUGCAUUUUAACACUCUUUAUAUUUAUUGCUCUCACUACUCAGGUUCACUGACAAAAAAAAAAGUUAGGCAAUGUGUUCUUCCUGCAGGCAGGGUAUUUUCUUCUGUAGAUUCAUCCAUCUCAUUAGGUUGGGUUUCUUUGGUGUACAUCUUGGAGCUGGUCUGUUAUCUUGAAUUCGCCUGUAUAUUUGAUUGCUGUAAUCUUAUUCUAUUAAAAUAAUUUGUUUUGAUUUGAAAAAUGUUUUAGCUGGAAGGUAUAAAUCCUAUAGCUUUAGCCUUGAGCGGUGGCUGUCCUUUGCAUGUUAAGUCUGUUUUUUGGUACCAGUCAUAUAAUGUCGUUCAUCAGUGUUUAUAAGACUGUUGGUAUACCAACCCAGUGCUAUCCUUCAAUAUUAGCUGGGCAAAAAAUAAUAAGAGUAUGCCCUUUCCCAAAGACCCUUUCAAGUUAGAUACUAAUGCUUGUAGCUUUUUCUCUUCAACUGUUGUUGUGAUGAAAAAACACAUGUACCUUUUUCGAAUGCUGUCUCUCAUCAGAAGCUUAAAUGAUUUUUUUUUCCUUCUUGGGAAAUUGCCAAUUAAUUCCAAAUCAAACUAUAGUAUCAGCUUUAUUGCCCUGCAAAUUUUUAUGGCUGCUUUAAAGUCACAGGCUUGCAGAACAGAGAGGUACACUAAGGUUUUGGUACUAGGUGCAUUUCCUUUGAAAGGUAAAACUCUUUGGAUUUCAUCACCGAAUUCCUUGAUCAUUGUUAUAUGCUGCAACAAUUAACCGUAAAGGAAAGAUGGAACAGGUUCUUCUUGCAGUAUUUAGCAUCUUAGUGCUUUUUAAGAGGCUCAUGGAUAACACAUGAGUUUCUAAGAACUGUGCACCAGUAUUUAGGCUGACCAGAGGCUCUUCCUUCAUUCCUUGUCUUGUUCAUGUUGAAGUACUUAAAAUUGGCUUCCACUGGGUACCUGGAUUUGAUGUAGCAAAGUGUUUAAAGAAUUUCAAUAAAUAAAAGCUAAAUUA